GGGCACAACAAAGCCAUGCUGCCAUGGAGGGAUUGUGAUUGUGGCUGACGGAAACAUGACAUACGUAUGAGACACGCAGCACAGCGGACGAACGCUAGGCACCUUCGUUCUGUCUCCCGCCUUUUCUUUCCUCCGGGCUCGCAGGCGCUGCUUCAUCUCUAGUUUUGAAUUCGAAGGUCCUACUGCUUCUGCUUCUUCUUCUUCGGUCCCUGCCAACGCUGCUGUGAUGUUUUCCUCAGCCUUGCUGGUUGAACAAUCUUGCUUUCGCUAGUGAUAUGUGUCCUCUGAGCGAUCAUUUGUGACAUGUCUUCCGACUGUGGACGCCGGCGGAAUGAAUUAUUGAUAAAUUGAACAUGCUGCAUCAGCCCUGUGAACUGAGACUUGGUCGCGUUGGUGAUUUCUGGAUUUGUAUACUCUGAAAUUUGGGAGUUUCAGAUGUCGGAAAGGACGGACUUUGCCGUGUGAUUUUCUGGGGGGUGCGAGGUGUCGGAUCGUGAGGAUGCGCGUGUGUGAUAUGAGCGUAAUCACGAAUUUCUAACUGAGGCUAUGUAGAGGCUUGGUCUGGCCAGCUCUGCGGACUGCCCCCACCCACCUGGGGAAUUCUGAAACCGUGAGAAGCAGUUGGGUGUAGUCAUGGAUGGGGCAGAGGAAGAAGAAUUAUACAUGGAGCAUGCAGAUCGAGGAGAAGACGAUACAGGAUAUGCUGACUUCGACAGCUGUAGUGCACAAUAUAUAAGAGCAGGCACAAUUCGGAGGAUCCGCGUCGAGAAUUUCAUGUGUCACAGUAACCUCUCUAUAGAUUUCAUAGAUCGAGUGAAUUUUAUAACCGGCCAAAAUGGGAGUGGCAAAAGUGCGAUCCUUACUGCGAUCUUAGUGGCAUUUGGAAUCAAAGCUAAAGGUACACAACGAGCGAACUCAAUCAAAGACUUCGUGAAGAAUGGUUGCCGGACCGCAUCAGUCGUUGUAGAGCUCAACAAUGAAGGUUUGGAUGCAUAUAAGCCCGAUGUAUACGGCGACACAAUCAUGAUCGAAAGACGAAUUACCGAAAACGGUAGCCACUUUCAAGUGAGUGGCGCUCAAGGGAAAAAAGUCGGCUCCAAAAAGUCUGAUGUUUUGGACAUAGUAGAACACUUUAAUAUAGAUGUGGAAAACCCUUGCAUUUUGAUGACUCAAGAUAAGAGUCGAGAGUUCCUCCACGCCGGCUCCGAAAAAGAUAAGUUUAUGUUCUUCUUCAAAGCAACUUUACAACAGACAGUCAGUGAAAAAUUGGUACAAGCUGAAGAGGCACAGAAUGUUCUAGGGGGGAUCAUCGAAGAAUCUCUGCAAGCACUCCAACCUUUACAAAAUCAGUUGAAGCAGGUAGAGGAGCAGAUCAAAUACAAGCAGCAGGUGGAGCAGUUACACGAACAGAUCGAGGAACUUGAGAGGAAGCUUGCCUGGUCUUGGGUCUAUGAAGUUGAGAGGGAGAUGACUACAAAGCAGGAGGAGCUGGAAAAAAUCAAGAAGCGGAUUCCUCAAUGUCAAAAGAAGAUUGACGAAGCAAAGGCAAAGGUGAGCACUAUUGGGGAUUUGUACUCAGCGAAGAGGUCCGAAAUUGAUCGGAUGAUGACUGAAUCACAACAGUUAAAACACACCCAAGAAAGUUUGAAGCGUGAUCUGCAUUCGGUCACCAAACAGAGAGUUGAAGCGGAAGAAAAUGUAAACCGUUGUCGACGAAGCAUUGAACAGCUCGGAAAACAAUUACAUACUCUUCAGCUGAAUGUCCAGGAAAUGCAGCUGCGAGCUCUGGAAGAUACUCAGGCCGAAGAAGACGUUAGACUCCAAGAAAUACGGCAAGUUGAAAAUGCCAUUGCUACUGCAACUGCAGAGGUUCAAAGAUUCGGUGAGGAAGAAUCACGGUUGACUGUUGAGGCGGAAAAGUUGCGAGCAAUGAUUCUGGCAUGCGACGUUGAGUGCCGUGAGAAAGUGCUCCAGAUAAGAGAUGUGGAGAAGUACAUCAGAGAGCUUUCAUCUCGACAAGGAAAUCAGAUGACAGCUUUUGGAGGUAACAAUAUACUCAAUUUGAUGAGACGCAUAGAAGAGAACAACAGAAGGUUCACGUGCCCACCCUUGGGACCGAUUGGUGCUCAUGUGACCCUGAUAGACGAGAGAUGGUCGUUGGCUGUGGAAGUUGCGACAAGAAAUUUAUUGGACUCAUUCAUUGUCACAAACCAAAAGGAUAUGCUCCUUUUAAGGCGACUGGCCAAUCAGGCCAAUUGUCGCAAUCUCAACAUUUGUAUCUACGACUUUGACCGUCACCUAUUAAAGCCGACAGAUGAGCAACUCCCAGAUCCAAACCUUGCAACUGUGAUGACUACAUUGCAAACAGAAAAUCCAACAAUCAUGAAUGUUUUUAUUGAUCAGGGAAGCGUGGAGAGACUUGUGCUUGCUGAAGAUUAUGAAUCAGCGAAAUCUGUAGCUUUUGGUGGUGGCUCUAAAAACGUCAAGGAGGUCAUCACAAUUGACGGAACACGAUUGUAUUCAAGAGCAGGUGGUGAAACAACCCUCCCGAAAGAAAGGUGGAUUCGCGGAGGAAGGCUAGGAGUCAGAGUGAGUGACCAGAUUCAGGAGGCACAUGAGCAAGAGAAGGAACUCAGAAGCAGUCUUGAACACGUAGAAACUCGAAAACGAAGAUUAGAAGGGGAGUAUAGCAGAUUGGCGAGAGAAUCUGGAGAAUAUAAGAGACGACGAAUCGGAACCGAGAGAAAAGUCAAGACUCUGGAAUUAACGCUACAGGAGAUGAAACAAAGGGAAGCACUUGAGAAGAAUGUUGAUGCCAACGUUGAUGAGCUUGAGCAAGAAAUGAAUAAAAUACGUGAAGAAAUAGAGAGAAAGCAAGACAUAUUUUCGACGUUAAAUGUCAAAUGGGACGAAGCAAAGCAGAGUUGUCAGGAUGCAAAAGAAAAGCUUGAGGCACUUUUGGACUCAGCAAGAGGUGAGUUUGAAGCCCUCGGUACAGCCGAACAAGAUCUGCUCUCUCUUCAAGAAGACAUGAGCGAAGCUGCCAGUGAAGUUCGUCACUAUCAGGAACUUAUGGACCGAAGAGUGCUGGCUGUCAUUGCAUCACAAGAAAUGGAAAUCGCACAUAUGCAGAAACAAGUAGAGGUGAAUGCGGCCAAAGCGUCCCAAAUAUGUGCGAGGGACGAAGUUCCCUUUCCAGGUGUUGAUAAUUUGAAACCUGACCAGCUGAGCAUGAAACUAAAUCGCCUUAGAGAAAGGGUCCGGAAGGAAGAAGAUGACAGCGAUACACUCGAGCAGUUGAAGAAGAAAGGAAGCAAAAUCAAAAGGAGGUUACAGUCCAAGGAAGAUAUGUUCCUCAAUUUGAAAAGGAAACUGGAAACUCUCGUCGAGGGGCUGGGUAGAAGAAAGAAAAAGUUCGAUAGAAAUGCGCAGAUGCAGAAACGGGAACUCACAUGGAAGUUUAACGAGCACCUGCGGAAAAAAGGAUUUAGUGGGAAAGUCAAUGUUGAUUACCAAAAGCGGUCUCUCACACUACAUGUGACGAUGCCCCACGACGAGUCACACACUUCCGUGCAAGAUACUCGAGCUCUUUCUGGUGGUGAGAGAUCAUACUCGACCCUUGCCUUCGCUUUAGCUGUCCAUCAGAUGACUGAAGCUCCGUUUCGUGCGAUGGAUGAAUUUGAUAUUUUUAUGGAUCCUGUUAGCCGAAAAAUUAGUUUGGACUCUGUGGUCCAAUUUGCCACAUCGGAAGGCUCGCAGUGGAUAUUGAUUACUCCUCAUGACAUAAGCAUGGUGGCGGCAUCGCCUUUGUUGAAGAAGCAAAUGAUGCCUGCUCCAAGGCCCUGAUCUGAUGGGGGAUUGCGAAUUGACGGCCUCCGACGGGCAUGAACAAACAACUGUUACCAGGUCUUGAGGGUCAGCGUCAGCUCAUGAAAAACGAAGCUUCUCCUGAAGGGACUUCAUCCUUCAUUGAACACGAUGACCUACAGCACGGAUCUAGAGGUUGCUGUCACCACACCCCAUCCAGCCCUGCAAUCGAAAAGUUACCGGUUGGAAUUGAUAGAAACCGGAUUUGGAGCGGAAUAAAGCGGUGAGUAAACUAGAGAUCCUUCGUAUCUCGGCGUCUCGUGUAGGACAAAAGAACAGACGAAAGUCGGUCUCAAUCAAUGAUCUCCGGAUCAGCACCGUUUGCUCUGGCGUUUCGUUUCGAGCGGAUCACGGUGACCCCCAAUGCUUUUUUCUUACACCGAAUUAAUGAACCUCGCAGUAUGGCGCUCUUGUAAAUUAUGUAUCUUUAGUUAAGUCAUUAAUCAAUGCGAGGUAUAUCCAGUAUCUCGAGUUUAGCUUUCGUACGAAUUCGUUUAAGAGUCGACUGUACUAGCAUUAUCUCCUUCAUGGUCUUCGAACCGUGUCCUCUUCUUGAUCUCGUACAGACGCAGGACCACGCCCACAAGCCUGCCUGCUUGGUUCAAGUCUCAAGGAGCUCCAUCUUCUGUUCUUACUGACGUACAAAUUUAACUGUAGUAGGACUGCGAGAGAGACUGGACCAUCCCCACCUUCUUGUCCUCUCUGAUUCUAGCAGCAUCGACACCUGUCCUUCUAAAUUUUCAACUCACCGCUGUCAAACCGGACUCAUAUCCGAACUUGAAUGACUUCGGUGGAGUUCUACUUUCGGUGGUCGUCCCAACACCACUCACAUGUCCUUCUGAAUAUGUUCAACAUCUUGUUGUGCACAUUACCACCAUCUUGUACAAUCAAUAAAGCUAUCAUCUUUUUGUGC